AUGGGAAAUUCUUCUGACACCAAAGACACCUCCAGCCCCGAGGUGGCUGAUACCGCUAUGGAGAUCGCGAAAGAUGAUGCAACCAAGGGGGAUGCGACCUCCAAUCAACCCAAGAGAACUUUGUUCGUUCGAUCACUUCCCGCCUCAGCGACGACCGUGAAGUUGGCGGAACAUUUCUCGCAAUCCUACGUGAUCAAGCAUGCCACUGUUGUCACUGACUCGGAGACAAAGCAGUCCAAGGGUUACGGAUUCGUGACUUUUGCCGAUGUUGACGAUGCGAAAGCCGCUUUGGAGGAGCUCAACCAGUCCACUUUCGACGGGAAGAAAAUUCGAGUCGACUACGCCCAACCACGCCACCGAACAAUCGACGAGAAAUUGGGAAAGAGUGUCCCGUCUGCCGCUGCCGUCGAGCUGAAGAAGCAGAGGGAGGACUCCUCUCUGCCGCCGAAGUUGAUCGUCCGAAACCUGCCGUGGAGUAUUAAAGAACCCGAUGACCUGGCGGUCCUUUUCAGAAGCUUCGGCAAGGUCAAACAAGCCAUCCUCCCGAAGAAGGGCAAGGGACUCGCUGGAUUCGGUUUCAUUGUUCUGCGAGGAAAAAAGAACGCCGAGAAGGCCCUGGAGGCCGUGAACGGCAAAGAAGUCGACGGGAGAACAUUGGCGGUUGAUUGGUCCGUGAAAAAAGACGUAUGGGAGGAUCUCCAGAAAGAGAACCAGGAACAGGGAGACAAUGCCGACGGGAAGUCCAGCGAUGUCGAUAUGGAAGAUGAUGCCAAGGCGGCAAAGUCUGACGAGGAAGACGAGGAUGAUGAGGACGACGAGGACGACGAGGACCUUGAUCUAGACGAUGUCGAUAUGAAUGAUGAGAACGUGGAGGAAGACGAAGAAGAGAAGGAAGACGAGCGUAACGCCUCUACCAUCUUUAUUCGCAACCUGCCGUUUACAUGUACGGACGAGUCGCUUUACGACCACUUCACUCAGUUUGGCAACCUUCGAUAUGCACGCAUCGUCGUCGACCAGGAGACUGAGCGCCCCCGGGGAACCGGGUUUGUAUGCUUCUGGAAGCCCGAGGAUGCGGCCGCCUGCGUGCGCGAUGCCCCGAAACAGCAGGACCACGCCGCCGCGGAAAAGACGGCAAACAAGAAAGCAUCCACCGGAUUCAAGCAUUCGGUCUUGCAAAAUGAAAACGCCGAUCCGACCGGCAGAUACACCAUCGAGGGCCGUGUGCUGCAGAUCUCGCGUGCUGUCAGCAAGUCGCGUGCUACGCAACUUGAAGACGAAGGUGUGUCGCGGCGGCUUGUCCGCGAUACCGAUAAGCGCCGUCUGUAUCUACUCUCGGAGGGAACCGUUCCCCAGAACUCAUCACUCUAUAAGAAACUCUCGCCGUCCGAGAUCAAGAUGCGAGAAGACAGCUACAAACAACGACAAUCGUUUAUCAAGAAGAACCCAACACUUCAUCUCAGUCUGACGCGACUUGCCGUCCGCAAUCUCCCACGUCAUGUGACCUCGAAAGAUUUGAAACAGCUCGCUCGAGAGGCUAUCGUUGGAUUUGCCAAGGACGUUACAGCCGGCCUGCGCCAGCCCCUUUCCAAGGAUGAACAACAGAGAGCCGCCGAAGAAAUGAGAGAAGCGGAGAAAUUGAGAAAACAGAAGGGACAGGGAGUUGUGAGACAGGCUAAGAUCGUCUUCGAGAGUCGGGAUGGCAGCAAGGUCGAAGAGAACAGCGGAGCAGGCAGAAGUCGAGGCUACGGCUUCAUCGAAUAUUACACUCACCGUCAUGCCCUGAUGGGACUACGCUGGCUUAACGGUCACGCCGUCGAGGCACCCAAGACCGCCACCGAGGAGGACAAGGAGAAGAAGAAGCGCCUCAUCGUUGAAUUCGCCAUCGAAAAUGCUCAAGUCGUCAAGCGCCGCAUGGAAUUACAAGCCCAAGCCAAAGCGCGCGACGCGAAGAAAGAAGACCAGAAAGGCGACGGCAAGCCGGGCCGAUUCGGAAAGCCAGGCCGACCGGACAGACGGGGCAAGCCGGGUAGAGAUGAUUCGAGGAACGACAAAGGACCCCAAAAUGGAACGAAGAGAAAGCGAUCUGAGAGCAACGACAAGGGUCAAGACGGUGAUUCCGAGGAGCAGAAUAAGGUGGCCAAACGCAACCGAAUCAUCGCCAAGAAGAGGAUGCAACGCAGGACUCGCAAGGGGAAGGCUUAG